ACUCUUGAACGAUCGGAGGUGGAGAGCAGUGGUUAUUGUUACACCAUUAUCACUCUCCCUCCCUCAUCUCGAGGAUGCAUCUGAGACAAUGGCUUGUCAUCCAGGUAACGUUAUGGAAUCUAUCAUUCGUUUGUUACUUCAUUGCGUCUGGAAACCACCUUGAAUCAACUUCAAUUCCGUCAACAUCAAGUGAUGAAUCUUCACUCAUAAACGCUUCACAAGAUCUUUCAUCUAAAUUGAGAUUUAUGUUUGGAGGCCUUAAAGCGCCGCAAUCGCCUUUAAUUGUAAAUGUUAGACAGAUUCAUUCACAAACGGUGUUAUAUAAUGAAUCGGUGAUCGUUGUCACAAAAAGAGAUAAUGAUACGAACUCGUCGCAUGCUGAACCCGGGCUGACUAAACCGUCUUCAUUUAACACGAGCGCUAGCUUCUACCAGAAAAGUGGUGGUGGUAGGGACGGUAGGCUGGCAGUGGAUAGAGCGUGGAAACAGUCGCUUCGCCGUCGGAGAACAAGAGGUGUGAAUGCCUUUUCGAUCUCGAGCACCUUGCCUACUGGCGUCCCAUCAAGUGCCUUCUUUUAUCAUUCUCCUAUUCAUCUAAUUUCAAAUAACGAUGACGAUUCGCGGUGGUCGAUUACGACACCGAGCGCGUCAUCGAGUAAUUUGCCUUCUUCAACUGUAUAUCAAACCUCCCAUGUCACUGUUUCCAAAUUCAGGAAAAUUGAUUUGAUAGAAGGCAAAAGGAAACGCUUUAAAAGGAGCCCCGAAUCAGUGGGCCCCAUGGGCUCAGCAGUGCACCCAUCAUCAAUAGAGACAAGUCUUGAUUUGAGCUCUGCUACCACUUUAAGGAUUAUAUCACCAGUUCAAUCAGAGACGGAAACAACACAGAUGCAGUCAAGUUAUAGAACGAUAUUGCAUUCACUAUCGUCGUCGUCAUCGUCGCCACCACCAACAUCAUCAACAAAACCAUUAUUAACAAUAAGUACAAAGACGUUAGUGUCAACGCAGAUGCCUUUCCAAACAACAUCGGCUAUGUCAUCGAACACACCUACACCCCCUCCUCAUUCAAAUCAGGUUUCAACGAAACUAGGAAUAUCAUCCCCAUUGAAUACUCCAUCAUUAUCUUCAACAUCUCAUACGGUGACUGUGAUGCCAUCCCCUCCCCCAUUUACAUCCUUAUCAUCAUCAUCAUCUUCUUCGUCUCUAUCUUCCUCUCCUCAAACUCAAUUACCUGAUACUGUCCUAAUCUCUCCAAGCCCAUAUCCAACAUCCACUUUUUUGACGUCACAGACACCACCAUUGUCAAGAUUUUUAUUUUCAACAUCACCAUCACCAUACCCACCAUUGUCAUCAUCAUCAUCACAACUACCAUCAUCAUCAUCAUCUCCACCAAGUCUCGAGGAAAACCCAAAUGGAACAUCUCAUGUUUCCACCAGUUCUGGAUUUUAUACCACGAGCGAGAUUAGUAUUGAAACAACCAUCUCCGAUCCUAAUCUACCCGGGUCAACAUCUUCCCCAAACGUCUCCAUAGCAACGGAAGGACUAUUAGCAUCAUCAUCCCUUCAACCCUCGGGCAGUCUAUCGACUGGCAUACAAUCAUCGCCGUCACCCUCCGCGGGAUACAAACCUGAUGCACAAUCAAGAAAUACGGGUUCGAAUUCCUACAACCUGAUUGUGACGAUACAGAGCAACUCAUCCAUAAUAUUCAUCAUGCCUUGCCUUGUUGGAAUGUCGCUAUUUCUCCUCAUGGUGGCUGGUUAUAAAAGAUGUCGAGAACAUCGAAAAAAGGACGUUCUCCUUCCCCUCUCCAAACGCCAGGUGGCGCUACACAGGUCAAGCGACACUUCUUCCCUGCGAAGAUCGCGUAAAUCAAUCUUGCAGAACAGCACCAGGUCAUCGGACUUCCAUGAAAACGUUUCGAUGACCCCAAAGGUCACAGUUCACAGAAACGGAGGCCAUUCGCCUUUCAUUCAACAACACAGGUUCAACGAUACCCUGUACGAGGAUAAUGGGUUAUCGAUCGACAAGGAUGAUCGCGAUUACAACAAAGCUCUCAUAACAGACGGUAGAGAGACAUCGCAAAUCCGGGUUUUCGUUCAUCCUCAUCGUAUGACACCCUCACCGAGGAAACCAUCAUCAUCGACGUCGGUCGGUGACAGCAACCAUGACAUUUCUUACGGCGAGAUCAACCCCGUAUUCGAAGGGGACGAUUGUGAAGACGAAAAUUGCGAAGACGCAUUCGGCGGAAUUUUUGUAGUUGAAAAAGGAGGAGGGCGGAGACGAAAGAGGGUCGUCACGAACCAAGAAAGUGUCCAAAGUGACGUCACGACUGAUGGUGGAAUGACGUCACAUCAGGGAGAACACUCAUGUAGUUCGGAUUCAUAUAGUGCCUGUGACGUGUGCAAAGACUAUGAACUGGGUCCUAAUGGGCCUUCCCUUGCCGUUACGAAGUUAUGACAACAUGAAACUACAGCAAUAUAUAAUGUGUGUCGGUUAGCCUAAAUAAAUCAUAUUUUCUAAUUCAUGAAAACAAAUUAUAUACGAGAAUCAUAUUGGAUCGAUGUUUCUGUACUAUUUGAUGACAUUUUUUUAUUGUUGAAUGUUUUGAAACGAUUAUGCUAAUUCUGUUUUUAUUCUCCAUUUAUCACAUGAGACUUUCAUCUUGUUUUUGCAUAUUUCGACGAGGUUAUGAAUGCCAUCAUAAUGCGUUGUUCUUUGGAGAGGUAUUUUUGGAUAUUUGAGAUUAAGUCAGACGUUGAUGGCGGAAUAUAAAUGCGAACACAUUGACAUUAAAUAGCCAAUAUUUUGCUUACAUUUUGCUUAAGGUUUAUCUUUCUCUAUAUUUACUGCCAUUACGUGCAAUCAUUUCGAAAAGUAUUUAAACUUAGAAAGCUAUGAAAGCUUAAGUUUGCACCGUAACUAGAAAGGGGCGGUAGCUUUUGAGUGUAAUUUUGCACCCUAAUGUGGUGUAAAGUGUACCUAUUUGUUAUUGUUGCACAGAGAAAUGUUUGUUUGCACCCAAAAAGAUGCAACUUUGCACUACUCAGAGUACAAUAUUUAACUUUCACAAAGUUCCUAUUUAUGUCGUUAUUACAACUUGAUUUGAUAUGUGAUUGUUGAUAACCUAUUUUUAUGUUCUUUACCAAAAUUAUGCAUUCGUUUUUUUAUCAUUACUAUUAAACUGUAAGGUGCAUGGUAUAUUCACUUUUCAUAAUCAUUAUUGUUGUAACAAAUUAUUAGCAGGUGGUAAAACAUCGUAUCUUUAGAAGUCUGAAAAUCUACACUGGUGCUAUAACAUAUUCAGAGUAGGCUCUUAUUUAGAGCAAUACCUCAGUCACAUUUGCUCUAUGGCGGCCGUACGGUGAGUCGAAAUCAGCCGUUUUAUUCACACCACCUAUAUGUAGCUGGUACAAACGAAUUUUAAAACUGCUGCAUUUGACUCGCCGUACGGCGUCGCAGAGCAAAUAUGACUGAGAUAUAAUAUUACCCGAUGUAUGCAUGCUGGAACCGAACCCAUUUAUUUUAUUUUUUUCGAGAUAAAUAUAUUUAUGAAUUGUGUUCUACAAAAUGUAGACCAAUUUGAUUUUAACCAUUUUAGGGGUCACGGAACGGUUUUCAAAAUAUUAACCAGCAGAAGGGUAAAUAUGUGUAUAUAUAUAUAACCAAUAUUGGGCAGUAUUUUACCCAAUGCGGGAAGCAUAUUAUCCAGUAAGCUUUAAAGAAAUAAGCAGCAAUUACGUUAGAAUGGGCAAAGUUUUCAUCACACUGGAUGAAUAGAAAUGCCCCAACGAAAUGCCUAAUAUUGGUUGGACACAUACUUACCCUCAUGGAGCACUUUUACCCACUAUUUCAGAGCAAUGCAGUGGUUCAAUUGAUUAAAAAUGCUCUAAAAGGAAGAAAAAAGUAAUACAAUUAUUACACCUACUCGAAAUAAUUCAUUCAUAUUUACCUUCCAUCAGGAAGCAGUCUUUUGGCCGCCAUCUCCUCCCACCCCCGCUACACUCAUCUCAUAGUUUUGUUCCGUGCAGCAGGUAGUUCGUGAUCGUUGUCAAAUCAAUGUGUAAUUUCUUUUUAUACAUUCUAGUCACUUUAACAAUUAUGAAUUUCAAUCUCUGUAAAUCACAGUUAUGCAGUGAAAGAUGAUGUUUUAUUCAAUGCAGUUGACAUGGUUACUAGCAAUGUUAGCACACAUAUACUAAUUGAUAUAUCAUGGUAUAAGCAUGGGUAGAAACAACAGUUGACGUAAACCCGAAGGUGGGAAAAGAUAGUUUUUAUUCAAGAAUACAAAUGAGGAACAAAUGAGUGAACAUAUACUAUAGUUAAAUUCACUGUGACCAAGGAAUAACCAGGGAUGAUUGUACAAAGAUUUGAGUUAUAUUUUGGCUUGGACCCAAAGGCGAUAUCAUUUGGUAAAUUCCGUAUGUUGCCAUUUCCCCCCCAAAGUUGAUAGUGGUUAUACAUUUGGUGAUUUGGUGGUGAUUCAUUUUUUUUACCUGAUUGCUAAGAAUGCGUGAAUGCUUGUAAGCAAGCAACCAGAAGACCGACAGCUUAAGGUCAUCUCCAAGGGACCUGGUAAUGAGGAUUAAUGCCAUACCAAAGGACAGUAGCGCACGGAGUGGGAAUCGAACCCGGGUCACCGGAUUCCGAAACCCCGCUCUACCGAAUGAGCUAUCGCGCUUCCUGUGUUUAAUAAAGUCACCGCUUCGUUUCAUACGCACUCCUAUGU